AUGGAGAACCAAGAGUUUCCGGGCCCUUACGCGCUGUCCGACUGGCGUGACACGGCAGAUAUAACUGCUCACUACGAAGCCCGCCGGAAGCCCUUGGUACUCAGACUCUUCGACGUCCUCAAGCCUGACGAGUGUGAGGAACCCGAGGAGCCGGGGGAGCCGGAGGAGCCAGGCCUGCAGGACGGCGACGAGGAGUCUGAGUCCUGUGAGACACCGGAGCUCUGCAGAGUUUACGAACCCCACGAACCGUAUAAUCCCGAAGAGUCCGACGAGCCCUCUGUGCCCCAGGGGCCCGACUUGCUCCAGGAACCCAACGAGCCCCAUGCGCCUCCAGAGUCCCACACGCUCCGCCAACCCCGUAAGGCCCCGGGGCCGCAUGGUCCCCGCAAGCCCCACCACAAGCCCCACGAAGCCGAGUUGCUUCGCAGAGCUGCUGUGAUGGUCGCCCCAUCUCUGCUUCUCCUAGGCUGCUCCUCCACUGCUGCCACCGGCUCCCAUGGGCCGCUCCUGGGCCCCUCUGAUUCUGCCGCCGCUGGCGUGUGCAGGCCACACUCAGACUCCUCUGGCACUGCCACUGCCGGAAUGCAUGGGCCACUCCCAGGCCACUCGGUCGCUGCCACCAUGGGCUCGUGCAGGCUGCUCCUGGUCCCCUGUGGUGCCGCCACCGCGGGCUUGUGCCGUCUGCUCUGUCGCCGAUGCCGCCGGCUCAAACAGGCCACCCCUGUGCCGCUCGGCCACUGCUGCCGUGGGCUCGUGCAGGCUGCUCCUGGUCCCCUGCCCUUCAGUGAAUACUUAACAAGAGAUUCUCUUCAAAUCUCUGAUUCUUCUCCCUGGAUAGUACAACUCUCAAUAGCCAAAGGCAUAAAUCCAAACUAUAUUCCUCCAAAAAAUAUAUCCCAUGCUGCCUUGCUAACCAAACCUAGCCCUCAAAUAAUAGCUCUGGCUAAGGCCAGACCUAUUCAUCAGGAUUAUUUACCUGCCCGUGAUACUUGUUGGCCAGUAUCUUAUGCUGCUCUCCAUUCCAAACCAUCUCCCAGAAUUCAAGAACUAGCUAAUCCAAAUAAAAGGACUCCUGUGCAUAUUGUAUAUUAUGAUCUGGAUGUCUUUAAAGUCAAGCAAGCUGCUUUGAAAACACAAUGUUCUCAGAGGAUCCAGGAGUUGGCAGAACCUCUCAUUCAUUAA